AUGAUAUCAGACGACUUACGCCUUGGAGACAUCCUUACGAGUGGUACAGAUGGAGAUGUUGUUUUAGUUGGUUUUCCAUUUGAUGACGGAGUGGCGAGAAACGAUGGACGGGUAGGUGCAAAAGACGGACCGACGUCUUUUAGAAAAUUUAUCAAGCGUACUGGCCCUGUGAUAAAUCCUGAAAUGGAUGAUUUAGAUAUUCGUCAACAUCUCAAAAUAACCGAUUAUGGAGAUGUUAAAGCUGAAACAUUAGAAAGCGCACAUGAUAUGUUGGAAGGUGUUGUAACGGAUUUAAUAUCGCGUCAUAAAAUCCCCUUUAUUAUUGGAGGUGGUAAUGAUCAAUCGUAUCCGAAUGUAUGUGGACUAUUAAACAAUAAUACUCGAGAUUCACUCUGUGUGAUCAAUAUUGAUGCUCAUUUAGAUGUAAGACCAUUGAAAUCACGUUAUCUACUUUCAAAGGAAAUACAAGAGAGAGUUGGUACAGAAUCAGAAUUUGUGGUACAUUCUGGUACACCAUUUCGUCAAUUAUUAGAGGAUAAGAGAUUCUCAUCACAAAAUUCAAAAUUUAUUGAAUUUGCCUGUCAGGGUUCACAAUGUUCGAAACCACAUGCAGAUUAUGUGAAAUCGAAAAAUGGACAAUUAUACUGGUUCAGUUCAAUUCGUCAUGAUCCCGUUGCUGUAUUUCAACAUUUGUUACAAGAAAAUAAAUCAUAUAAAAUUUUCGUGUCAUUUGAUAUAGACUCAAUCAUUUCAUCAUCCUGUCCAGGUGUUUCGGCGCCAGCCACGUACGGUCUCUCAUCUGAACAAGCUUGUGCAAUAUGUUUUGAAGCUGGAAAAUGUUCACAAGUUCAACUAAUGGAUAUGAGUGAAUAUAAUCCUGUCGUUGAAGAAUAUAGAACAGGAAAAUUAGCAGCACAGCUCUUUUAUCAUUUUCUGCUUGGCAUCAUGUCACUUUUACUAAAAUCAUCAUUUUCUUCUCAAUUAUGCUCGCAUUUAUUUCGCCCAAAACGUGCUUCACAAUUCAUUCGAACUCUUUUCUCGUCGUCCUCCUCUUCUUCUUAUAGUACAAAUUUCUCUGUUAACAAUGGUACGAUGUCUUCCAAAUCAUUAUUAUUGAAAAAAUUACCAUCAACGUCGUUAUUUCAACAGCCUUGCCGAUUUGCUCAUGUUCAUUAUACAUAUUCGAUGAUUUUAGAACGUGUUAUGCUUGUCUUACGUCUUUACGAUAAAAUUAAUCCUGAGAAACUCCAUUUAGAUUCAUCAUUUCAAAAAGAUUUUGGUCUUGAUUCACUUGAUCAGGUGGAAAUUAUAUGUGCUAUGGAAGAUGAAUUUCAAUGGGAGAUACCCGAUAGUGAUGGUGAAUUGUUUUUAACUCCUAGACAUAUCAUCGUAUACUUAUGUGAUAAAUUUGACGUUUACGAACAUGUAGUGCCAGAAUCAUCAUCCGAAACACAACAUUCAAGUGCACACCACUAA